UUCCAUUUUGUUUACACAUCAUCCUUUCUUGACAUGUACGCUGGCGGAUGACCAGUUUUUCUGUCUUGUUUUGUGUCCAAGAAGUUUCAGUACAGAGACCUAUGCCGACGAUUUCUUGAGACUUGAUCCGUUUGUCAAACCCGGUUCUUGUUAGGUAGAACGGAACAUAUCCGGCGCCAUGGAGUCUCUCACCUCUGGGAACCCCAUUGGGCAAGCAGUCAUGUCCUUUCCGGGACUUUCUAUCGCAGUUGCAGUGCUUGCGAUAGCGCUGUUUGCACGCUUCAAUUCCACCAGGACUCCUAAACCUGACCUACCGGUCGUGGGAGUCCCCGGGUCCAAGAUCACCAAGAAAGAGCUUCUCGAGGGUGCCCGCAAGUAUCCCGACACUCCCUUCAUCCUCCCCAUGGAACCCCCCAUUGUCGUCCUGCCCAUCAAAAUCCAGGAUGAGGUGCGGAACCUGCCUGAGUCUGUUGUCUCCUUCACCAAGGAGCACCAGCGUAACUUCUUCGCCCAAUACACGGGCAUUGGCGACCACCGGCCCGAAAUGAUCCAGGCCAUCCGCAUCGACCUGACACGCCACAUCGUCAGCACGCUGCCCGACCUGCAGGACGAAGUACGCUACGCAUUCGACAAGGAAUUUGGUGAAUGCAAGGAUUGGACCCCGUUUCCGCUCUACUUCAAGGUGCUGCGCAUUGUCGCACUCCUGAGUGGCCGUAUCUUUGUCGGUCGCCCCCUAAGCCGCGAGGAGGAAUGGAUCCAGGCCUCCAUCAACUACACGGUCGAUUGUGUCAAGGCACGCAACGCCAUCCGUGACUAUCCCGUGUGGAAGCGCCGCUGGGUCACCAAUUCGCUGCCUGAAAUCAAAAAGAUCACCCAGUACAGGAUUAGGGGCGGCCAGAUGCUGGAACCCAUCAUGAAGGCACAGCUGGCCAAGGAUUCAGUCAGGGAGAAGAUCUACAACGCCGAAACAGGCGACGAGGAGGGAAACUUCAUCGAGUGGCUGCUAAAGUACACCCCCGAGCACCUGCGCAAUGACCCUGAAAAUCUUGCUCUCAACCAGAUGGUUUGUAAGUGUUGCGUCCAAUUGGCCGACUCUCUUGUAGCUCAUCGUAUUGACUAUCUGCCGCAAGUGUCCUUUGCCGCCGUUCACACCAGCUCCAUGGCCACCACCCACGCCAUCCUUGACCUGGUCAGUAGACCUAAGUACAUACAGAUUCUGCGCGAGGAAAUAGCCGCUGUCAGAGCCACCGAUGGAGAGACCAUCGACGACGAAGGAUAUGUUCGCCUCAAGAAGGACAGCUUCAACAAGCUCCGGAAGCUCGACAGCUUCAUGAAGGAAAGCCAGCGCUUCAAUCCUCCAAUCUACAGUAAGUUUAGCGAUAUCCAGCGAACUCAUGGCAGUACUAACGUCAAUUCAGCCUCGGGCACACGCAUUUGCACCUCCGACCUUGCGCUCUCCACAGGCCACGUCCUCCCCAAGGGCACCCGUAUCUGCUUCCCUUCUUAUGCCGUACACACGGAUCCCAAGACGACAACGUACUCGCCCGAGUACAAUCCACCGGGCUACACGCAUCCCGAACAGUUUGACGGCUUGCGCUUCUACAAGCUCCGGAACAUGCCCGGUAAGGAGCAGCGUCACCAGUUCGCCACGGCAGGACCCGAGUCACUUGUCUUUGGUUGGGGAAACCACACUUGCCCCGGCCGCUUUUUCGCCGCCAACGAGAUCAAGAUUAUUCUGGUAGAGCUGUUGAUGAACUGGGAUAUCCGGCUUAUGGGUGACGUCGAGCAGAAGGGUGGUGCUGACAAGCGGCCGCCGAACAUGGAGGUCGAUUUAGUCAUCACGCCAAACCCCAAGGCCAUGGUCGAGCUCAAGCGCAGAAGGAGAUCGUGAAACUAAUGGAAGGGAUUGGGGCACCCCACGAAACUGAACAGUGCAAUUUGUAUAUAGGCCAUUUAAGAGAUGCUUAACAUCAUUCAUAAAUAACUUGAAAGCAUGCUUGCUCUGUCACUUCUAUCACUCAUAGAAAAGACUCACGCUGUUGGUUCGGCCGAGAUGAUAACCUAACAUAUAUACUACUAAUAGUAGUACUACAAUCAGACUAUCCUGACCAAGUAGAUGCUCACAUUUAUACGCUUAU